AUGCUGGCUGCUCACCUCACUCUGUGUUGUACCGUGAACAGCGACGGACGUGCGUUCUUCUAGCCUCUUACGUAUACGUAGUCUCCACCACACAUAGUUUGACUGCUUCCCAUGAUAAUCAAGAAAACCAACCAGUACCGAAUGUGACGAAUUGUGUACCAAUUGAAGCUCAAUUGACACCAACCAACAAACAAACCCACCAGCAUUUGCCGUCUGAAUGUAACCAGUUCUAGUCCGAGUUUGUGUCGAAAUAGUGUCUACAAUUGUGAAGUUUGCUGCAGCCUCCAGGAGUACCAGGAGAAAAAUCAUUAUUCUACGCAUCGAGCGAGACUGAAAGUGUUUGUUUAUAGCGAGUGUUUUUGGCGAGUGCCAGGUUGGACCAAGUUCGUGACAUUGCAGCGAACUAGUUGAAAAUUGAAGGUUACGCCAAUUUUGAUGUGUAUCGAUACAGUUGUACGUAAACCUGCCAGUAAUACCCACAGUGACAAGUGGUACGUGACAGAAAUGUGAGUUGCAUACAAAACCUGCCCCUCAACGAAGUUCAAGGUUUAUGAAGCCAUUCAGAAGGAGAAGUCAUGUGAAGCGUUUCAAUCUUCUCGAACGAAGAUUUGGUCCUGUAUUACUACAUUAGUAAGCCACAUCGCACAAACAGCAGCGCACAACUACACGCAAAUAGUUUGCAAAACAACCAAAAAAUCACAUUGGUUUCAUCGCGUCGGAAAAUUGGCCCUCCACAACCAGCAGUAACAUAAUCUAGUCACACAAACCGUCUAAAAUAAAGUACAAUUACAAUGGGAAACCUCGCCUCCUCAAGCACCAAGCUGGCGGAAAAGUGUCCGAUGCUGGAGAAAAGCGAACUCCCGCUGGUGGCCAGCUCGUUCCGCUUGGUCAGCAAAAACUCCGACAAAUGCAAGGAGGAAGAUUUGAUGAAAUUUUGGGGCUCCCAGAUGGACCCCCGGCUGGCUCAGUACAUAACGAACUUUUUGUUCGGACCGCUGGGUUCGCGAGCCGGAUUCGUGGAACUGCCGCGAUUUGCCGAACUUUACGUUUACACCGUGCGUGGGACCCGGGACGAGCGAAUUAACGUGCUGCUCAGUAGUUUGGGCCAAUCGCCGGACUCGGAAUCUACCGAGAUUGCGUACCCGUUGAUCAAAGAGUAUGUCGAGGCCGUAGUCAGCAGUUACAUGCGUGCGAUAAGGCUCGAGGGAGGACCGGAGUUCAAAUCGUGGGAGUCCCGUGGGUUCAGAAUCGUUAAGGAGUGUAUCCAGAAGCUGGCCGAGAGCCUAGCCUAUGACGUGGUACAGCAGGGCACCCAGAAGGUCACGCGGGCGGACGCCGAACGAUGGCUCGGUCUAAAUCCCAUCUUUCUCAAAAUGCUGGAACACGUGUUUUCCCACUUGUACAACUACCGAAACGUGAAAAACAGCUCCGACGAGAAGCGAAAGGAUGCCGACGGGGACGAAAGCAAGGCCAGCAAGCGCAAGGAACACGUCCCCCAGCAAGAAGUUGUGCUGCACACGAUGCUACCGCUGUGCGAGGGACUCCAGUACAUGCCGGACUAUCCCGCCUUCACCGACCUGUCCCAGAUGCUGUUUGUGAACGCGAACCUGCCCACGGCACAGCAGAACAAGUGGCGUUUCCUGUUUUCGUCCCAAAUACACGGCGAAAGCUUCUCCACGUUGCUGGGUCGCAUCGUUGACCAGGGUCCAACGGUGCUCAUCGUGGAGGACUCCAACGGGUACAUUUUCGGCGGGUACGCAACGGAAUCGUGGGCCCUCGGGCCAAACUAUCUGGGCAACGAUACGUCGUUUCUGUUUACGUUGCGGCCAAAGAUGCGCACCUUUAGUGCGUCCGGGUACAACGACCACUACCAGUAUCUGAACCUGCACCAGCAGACGAUGCCGAACGGGCUGGGUCUCGGCGGCCAGCACAACUACUGGGGCCUCUGGUUGGACAGCGAGUACGGCGAGGGUGAGUGCUCGGAGUCGUGCACAACCUAUAAGGGCUACUUCCAGAUGAGCGCCACAAAGAAGUUCACCGUGCGCAACGUCGAGGUGUGGGGCGUCGGCGACAAGCCGGUCAAGGAGAACGAAUCGGAGGAAAGCUCCGUGCGGUCCGUGCUGGACGGGAACGCCGACAGCAAGGCGAUGCUGAAGAUGAGCGGCCGCGAGCAGUACUCGGACGGGUACCGGGAGGAGCCGAAGGAUUAAAGGUUGAGACCGAACGCCAGAAAUCAGUUACAGUUAAAUUCCAAGUUUCGUGAGCCGCAGAUCAACCUGGUUGACGUGCUGGACACGUUUAAUUUUAACUUUCUCUAGAUCUUUUAAGGGUUGGAAAAUAUUUAUAAAUGCGAGACGGGGCAGAAUAUUGAAUUGUGGGUUAAUUGUGAAUUGAGAGACUGCAACGUGCGAAUUGUAUAACUCCACUUGAUCUUUACGUUUUUCCCAACGAAUGAUUUUGAGUUGUCUUUUUAUUCCUCAUCUGGCGUUUGUAAGGCACACACACACUCACACACGAGUAUGAUUUGCGUUAAUUACCUUUCACGAGAGCCGUACAAAUUAGAAGAAGAAGAAGAGUGCGCUUAGUGCACGCCGCUGAAAAAAGCACGAUGAGAGCAAAUCUAUCGUGCGUUAGUUAAUGUUAAACGAGAAGCUAUACAUAUAAAUGUGAGUUUAAUGGGAUUAUAAUCGUUCCAUGUUGGUUAGAUGAUAAGAAACAAACUUAGUUUGAAUGCCGAGCUCAUUGAAUCGCUUUAAUUUAUUCGUUACAUUUAGAAGUUGAUGCUUGUAAAUAUAUAGAACUCUGGGUUCGAAUUCGUCCAUCUUUUCUGUUAAUCACCGCAGAGCAAUUCUCUGAGAAAUGCAAUCAAUCGUUGAAAAAGUGCCACUUUCCCUGAGACUUGCUUCUGCUUUGAAAACGCUUAGCGCACUGCACCGCAGCAUUUGAUGCGCACACAAAAGCUCAGUUCAGCAGAAUGAUUUCUCGUUCAGUUGUGCCAUAAUUUUGAGAAAACGAAGAAAGUGAGGUGCAACAGUUUUAAAUUUACGUUUUUUUCCAACUGAAGUUAAUUGUGACGAUGAUGCUCAGUAAAAGUAGCUUAGCUGUAAGAGAAACCAUCAUUAGCCGGAAAAUGUAAUCAGUGUGACUUGAAGUAAAUGUGACCGUUUGAAACUCCCAACAGGAAGAGAGGAGAGAGAGAGAGGAAAUAAAACCCGAUGUGAAGACAAUUAUAGUGAACCUUAAAAAGGAA